AUGAGCCAAGAGCCCAAAGAUUCCAAGGAAUCGACCAAAAGCUCGAAGUCCAAAAGCAAGGAGAACAAAGAAGCAGAAGCCAGCGUCGAUGAGCAAGCCGGCGCAGCGCCCGAUGAUCAGUUCAUUGGCAAAUUCCAUUCUGCCCUGCGGUGGGGCAAGGCAGAGGAUGAGGUGCAGGCGCUGGUGACGGAUGCUUCGGUGUCCCGGCGCUCUGCAGCAAGAGCACCGGACCCAAAGACCGGCAACCAAGCCUUGCACAUUGCAGUGCAGAACGGCCACCGAGAGUUGACACAGCUCUUGAUUGCUUGGAAAGCAGAUGUGACGGCGCAAAAUUUCAAGGGGCAGACGCCUCUUCACAUGAGCGUCGAGUAUGACUUCUAUUUCAUUUCCAAACUGCUUCUGGAGAAGGGCGCCAAGAAGGAGGUGGAAAAUUCAGACGGUUGUCAAGCGAUCUUGGGCAUCAGUGGCAGCAAAGAAGGUGCAGAGGCAUGGGAUGCUCCGAUAAACAUCCUCAAGAAUGCGGCCAACAAGGAGGAAAUCGAAUUGGCCUACAAAGCCUUGGAGGGUGCAGUGCAGCACUCAGAAACGUCCAUUAGACUUUCUGCUGAUGGGUCGGAGCGCGAACGGGACGGCUGCGGAUUCUGCCGGAAGGAUCCCACGAGCCUGGACAAAGCAAGCCUCGCUCGUAUUGGGAUGUUGAAGGCCGGAGGUCUCGGCAACUCUGAUCAGCUGCGGUCUGGUGAAAACGACCCACCGAAGUCUCGGGAAGGCAAAGGAAAUGCCGGACGUUUGGGACAAGGGGAGAUUUGUCGAGCUUCUCAACAAGGACUUUCGGAGCUUCUGUCGCAAAGCUCUUGCUCAGCUGUGCCUGUGCCUUCCUGGAGGUGUGACAAGCCGGGGCCGGUGUUCCAGGAAUGUGCGGCUAUCUGUGGGCAGUCCCCCGGCCCGAAGACGGCCCAGUGCGGGGCAAUUUGGGGGCAUCUGAACCGACGGUUGCUGGCCUUUAUGUGGCUAUUUGACUGCGACUGCGACUUGCAGUCGCAUCAGCACGAGCUAAAAUCUGCCGUGCAUAAGUUGUGCAGAAUGGUUGUGCCUUUGCCAGGAACAAAACAGGACUUGGCUUCCUUGGCUGGGCAGCGAGCGUCGAGCACCGGCUCUGAAUUCUGCAGCAUUCUGUACCUUCGCCGUUUUGGCUCUCAGCCAGCAGGGAAGAAAGAGCCUCGGCAUUGUUGCUCCCUCGUCUUUGGUGAGAGUGCCGUGAUGGCCCGAACCAAGCUUGCAACCGUCUGUGUCGUCCUGGCUUUUUGCACCGCCUUGCGCAACCUUGCCUUCGUCGGUGCUCCUGCUCCGGCUCCUGAGACACCAAGCCAGCUUCGUGGUACUGCCAUCGAGGCGGCAAGCGCCACAGUGCCUGCGAUUCUCUUGACCCCAGCGGCAGCAUCAGCAGCAGACGGAGAGGGCGUGCUGGGAGUCGGUGUUCUUUGCGCGCUAGCAGCAUUCAGCGUCGUCUCCAGUGUCAUCAGCGCAACUGUCACCUCCGAGCUCGACUGA